CAUUUGCAAUUAAGUGUUUCGAUGUCGUCGAAAGCUCGAAGUUGAUGUAGCAGCUGCGUGCUCCUGAGCUUCUUGGACUGCCCGACUCAGAAAGAGGAUACAAUUACUUUGAGGAGUUUAUAAGAUCAUCGAUCGACUCUUGCUGGAAUUGGUAGAUCGAUUCGGGGCAAUGACUGCGGAGCCUGUCCCGCACCAAGUUCUCUACUGUAUCGGUUGGAGUCAUUACCUGAAUUUGAUCACAGUCCCUUCACACAUAUAAAUACUCAAAUUGUUAAUUUCUCUCAUUUGAACAGACUCUGGAAAGUUGCUGCUCGCGUGUGUUGAAAGCAUGGAAUUUCUUCUCUAGUGCUCCAGGAUCCAAUUUAGGUUUUUGCUUAUUCCUUCGUUGGUGCUGGGAAUGUCGAGAGGAGCCAGUUCCGAGGCUUGUAGAUGGUUGUGUUCCAGGUUUCAGAAAUGGAGAAAAUGCUCAAUAUGGUGGAAGUUAUUCGGCUCUGAUGUGUUCAGCAGCUAGUAGUGCUUCCAGCUCGACAACAUUAAUUCCGCUUUGAAUUGCAUCUUGAGAAUUUGCGGGACGUCUGUGCUUGAUAGUCUGAAAAGUUCGGGCCCGAUGUACAACAGUAGACCUACGAUGUUGCAGCCUGGGGCUCCUGCCCCUUUGCCCCAGCAAUUUCCGCAUACCUCCGUGCCUCCAUCAGAUCCUUUCUUUCAGAGGCCUUGGCUAAAAGAGCACCUGGCCAAUCUUCUUCAAAAUGCUGCUCUUCUGAGAUCAGUAGGGGAUGAAUUGGAAGCAUUACAAACAAUGCAGGCGCUUUCUACGGACCUCGAGCGUGGGUCUAAAGUUCCUGAGGUUCUCAUCAAUGAGUCUGCACCUGAUACACGAAUUUCUGAUUUGGAGAUCAAGUCCAAAACUGAUCACAAUGAGCUUUUGAUCAAAACAGUACAAGAAAGUUGCAAGUUGUGGCCAUCGUCAGCAUCUUUGGCUAUUCAGGCUGCCAGGAAAUUGAAAAAUGUAGUGGAGCUGCAAUUGCAGCCGCUUCAGGAAGCGUUGGAUGGAAAAGCAGCCGCUGUUGCAAAGCUUACUCUAAAAAGGCAGAAACUUCUUCGUAACAGAAAGUGGAGAACUCGGAAAAGAAGACGAAUAGCCGAGGCUUUACGAAAGGAGAGAGACCGCUAUGAAGAGGCAGAUCGGGAGGCUGACGAGUGGAGAGCAAAGGAAAUUGCUAAGUCCAUAGCCAAGCGGAAGAUGGAAAAGAUGAAAAUACUGGCAGACAAGAAGGCAAAGGAAGAGAAGGCUAGACUUCAGCAGGCGAUGGAAAUGGUUGUUAUCGUAGAGAAGCUGCAGGAACUGCGGGCUCUUCGCGUUGCCAAGUUGAAGAAGCAAGGUCGUUUUUUCCCUGAGGAGGAUGAUCAAUUCAUGGAUAGAGUGAGGGCAGCUGUUGCAGAGGAGGAACGUCAAGCUGCUGCUGCAGCGAACACAAGUGCAGCUGCUACUGCCAUUUUGAACGCAGAGGAAGCCAGAAAAGUGGCUAUCGGUCUAGCAAAUUCUUCCAGAGUUGUGGACUUGGAGGACGGGAAAGGUCCUCUUAUAUCUUCAACAGUUCCACCGUUGGGAAUAGCAGAUGAUCAAGAUCUUUUUGGGAAUAUUGAUGACUUGAGUGCAAAAGCUGACAAUACCAAAGUACGUGACAGACCACCUAAGGUUGAUCAAGAAAAAAAGAGCAGUGGCCUUCUUGAAGGAUAUGAAGGACUGCCGGUGGAGUUCCACCAUUACUAUCUUGGGAGCAGUUACAAUAUGGGAACAUUGAUCGAGGUUAGACAAGGUUGGGAUGCCUUCAUUAUGCCCGGAGGCAGUCGUAUUCCGCAACAUUGGGUCGAAGCUCCUCAACCAUCAGAUGCCGUUUGGGCUUCUUAUCUUGUGAAGCCUAAAACGAAAAAUCGGCGCAGGCGAACAGAAUAGGGAGAGUGAGCCACAGGCGUUUCAGGAUUAUGCCCGUUGAUUGGAUCCAGAAGCAUAGAACAACCGAAAGUAGCUAAAAGUUUGGUGAUAUGACAGCUGACGAAGGAAAUGCGAGCUGAUUCCGACUGGAAUGAUGCGUUGAGACGAGCAUUGAACAGGUAUGAACGACUGAGGGUAUGAAGCUUUGCUGAGGAAACGGAGCUGGAGGGUUGUCUUUGUUUUGAUAGUUACAUUCUUGAAUUGUAGGAUCAAAAGGUCCAGCGCAGUCGGCAUUCUGUAUUUGAGUACAAUAGCAUCAAACUGCUGAGCGUAGCUGUGAAAUGUCCUCCAUAUACCAAAACAUGUCCAUGUAGCUCGGCUACGUACGGAAGAGAGAUAAAUAGCGGGUGGGAACUGCAUCUCGAAGGCAAAGAGUUCAGAGUACUACACCGUAACAAAUGUAUAUUUUCCGUAUCUAUGGUGGGUAAGAAUGCAGUGCUUGAUCAUUAGCAAGGCUAAAAAAACUGGCUCAGCGUUCAUUUGACUUUGACGUUAGGGCUGUGUCCUGACUUUGUACCUCAUUUUAGCAUAUCAACUCAACCAUAUGUUUUCUAUCCC